CAGGUCCAGGGGCAGCUGCCUCCGUUGAUGAUCCCAGUGUUCCCUCCAGACCAGAGGACUCUGGCUGUAGCUGCUGCCCAGCAAGGCUUCCUGCUGCCCCCCGGAUUCAACUACAAACCAGGCUGCAGUGACCCUUACCCUCUCCAGCUGGUCCCUACUACCAUGGCAGCAGCUGCUGCCGCGGCAACCCCAGGCCUAGGUCAACUACAGCUCCAGGGACGGAGAGGGUCUGAAGUGGGGAUCGACAGGACUAUUGAACAGUUUGGAGUAGACUCCAACUACAACAACCCAGCCUGGUGGUGCUUACAGCAGCUGUAUGCAGCUCAGCUGGCAGCGAUGCAGGUGUCUCCAGGGGCCAAACACAGCAGUAUGUCCCAGACCAACCUGAACACCCACUCUCCCACCAACACACACCAAGAGAAGAGCCGCAGCACCCCGCCGCCCAAACCCAAGGACGAGGGUGCUCAGCCCCUGAACCUGUCGUCCAAGCCUAAGACAGCAAGCGAGAGCAAGUCACCCACCUCCCCCGCUUCCCCACAGGUCCCCACCAUGAAGCUGGGCCACCAUAGCACCGGAUCCAUGAAACACAGCACAGCCCCCUCCAGCAUCGGAGGACCACCGUCCAGAGUCAACUCCAUAGACCUGCUGUCAUCCCUGUCCUCCGGGGGCUAUCUGAACGACCAUGAGGCUGUGACCAAGGCCUUCGCUGAGGCCAGGCAGAUGAAGGAGCAGCUGAUGAGAGAACAGCAGGUGUUGGACGCCAAGGUGGCCGCCGUCAACAACCUCAGCCUCAACAACGGGCGCUCCGACAAGGUCAGAUAUGACAAGGCAGCUCUGGAGAGUCUGAGCCACCAGCUGAAGCAGCAGUCAGAGGACAGAGAGAAGUUCAGCCACGCCAUGAUGGACUUCACCAUGAGUGGAGACUCAGAUGGCAGCCCCAGUGUGUCUGAUUCCAGGAUGUUCCGUGAGGCCCGGGGCCGAGGCAACAGCGAACCGCACAUUAAACGACCCAUGAAUGCUUUCAUGGUCUGGGCAAAGGAUGAGAGGAGGAAGAUUCUCCAGGCUUUCCCCGACAUGCACAACUCCAACAUCAGCAAAAUCCUCGGUUCUCGUUGGAAGUCCAUGACUAACCUGGAGAAGCAGCCGUACUACGAGGAGCAGGCCAGGCUGAGCAAGCAGCACCUGGAGAAGUACCCUGACUACAAGUACAAACCCCGGCCCAAACGAACCUGUCUGGUGGACGGGAAGAAGCUGAGGAUUGGAGAGUACAAGGCCAUUAUGAGGAACCGCCGGCAGGAGAUGAGACAGUACUUCACUGUGGGACAACAGGCCCAGCUGCCCUUGUCCUCGGCGGGCGUGGUGUACCCAGGUGCCCUCUCCAUGGCAGGCUUGCCCUCCCCCCAGAUGCCCUCGGAGCACUCCUCACUGUCCAGUAGCCCCGAGCCCGCCGCCCCACCCCUCCAGACCCCCUACCAUCCCAGCCUCAAGGGAGACGAGACCCGAGUCAAACAGGAGGCUCUGCGAUUGGACGACAGUAACGGUGAUGCGUACGAUGACUUUGAUUAUGAGGACGAGGAGGGAGAUUAUGGAAGCGAUAACGACAACCACCAAUAAUCUGGAAGCAGAGCCAAUCAGAAUCAGAUACCCAGCUUCUUGCUGCAAACACCCCCGUCUGUCCACCAAUCCUGAGAGACUAUCCGUCCCUUAUAUCCAAUCGCAUUCAAUGUCACAAACCUCGCCCUCCUUUACCACUCAACCAACAAGGACUCUGGGACCUCAGAGCCAAGCCCCUCCCAUUGGAAUCUCGAUACCAGCAACCGACCAAUCAAAUCAAGCACAGGACCUGUCACUCACACUGACUGUUACACAGACUGGAGUCUAGGAGGAGACGAGUUGAUUGCCGUGACUUCUGCUGAGUACUACACAGUACUACAGCGGACUAACAAAGUACUACGAAGUACUACAGAGUACUAGAGUAUUACUGCUGUGUACGCCAUAGAGGCAAGAUGAGAUACACAUUAUGUCAUGAGUAAGCUACGAUAUGAGGAGAAAACACAGAAAAAACAACCUUUCAGACCAGUUUGACUUCAAAGAGACAUUUUUUUUUAAACAGCAGGCCUGUCAGUUGAUUAAAGAUACACUUUAAAAUGGCCGACCUGUUUGUUUAUAAAAGAGACACUUUUAAAACAGCUUUUUUUCUUCUUGGUUCUAUGAUAUUCUCACUCAGGUACACGGUGCCAACAAGUGGCUUGUGAAUGUGAUUUGUUGUUUUUGUGCUACAGUUUUAAUAAUAGAUACAAAAUAGACAUUUUUCCCUUUUCAUUGUAAAGCACCUGACAGAAGUCAAAGCAAAACUUUUAUUUAGAAUUAUUCUUCUUUCUUCAACUCUGCAGUGUACUGUCAGCAGAUAUCCUCCCUCUGUGUGUGUGACUCCCCUUAUGAGAGUCAAAAUGGGAAAGUCCAGUCAAGGCCACCGCCAUGUGUUGGACAGUGAGGACCGGCUCACUUCAGGGGACUGUGGGGGGGACCUCAGUCUCUCAUCAUGGGUCAGCUUGGACAGUACUGUGUAAUGAGACAAUCUCCCACCAACCCUCUUCUCUCCUUUUACACUCUCGUUCUUUUAGGUUUUCUUUGGCUUUCCUUUUUAUUCUGAUCAUGAGGACUUUGGGUCUUUGGAAGGUACAAACAAGGGUUUAUUUUAGAUAUGAAACACCCCCUUGAAAGUGUGUGUAAGCAAGCUCGCUGUGCAUGUGUGUGUGUGUGUUUAGUCUGUGUGAGCUGGUUUAGUCAUCACUAGGCACUAGAUCCCAGAACUCUGUCCCUUUCCAAGACAAACAGAAACACUGGAGUUUCCCCUGUGAGCCCCCAGUACUUCAGUAUCCUGGUGUAUAGAGACAGAGAAAGCCCUAUUCCUGGUGUACAGAGACAGAGAAAGCCCUAUGACUCUCUUGUACACUCACACACACAUCCCCAAGCCCCAGUUCCCCAAUCGAAACCCCAUAACAACUCUACUCCGCUGCCAACUGAUCCAGCCAGCACCACAAGCCAACAACUCUUACCCACAACCCAAACCCUCUCAUAGUACUCCCAUCUGAUAUCACACAAAAUUGGUGUGUAUUUUGUUCUAGAAGUUUGGUGUGUUCCUGCGGGCUUCUACUGGUAGUUUUGAGUAUUUGCUGUCUGUCCCCGUUCUGUCCCUCUCUCUGAGAGUUCCCCUCUAUGUCCCCCUGUGUCUUACUCUGUCCCCGUCCGUGUCCCCAAAACACGUCAUUCUGCUGUUCUUAUUGGGAGGAGCUGAUCGUUAUAUCAGCACGUCAGUGUUUCCUUUGUAUUUGAAUACUGUAUUUUAUCAUUUUUAUUCAAACUGCCUCUAGUGUAAUAAUAUUAUUAACAAUAAUUAUAAUGAUGGUCAGCGUUUCUUUAAAUUUAAGUAAGUUAUGUACAGUAUAAUUUAUUUUGGCCUCUCUUGGGUUUAUUAUGACCAAUAUGAAACUUCUUCGGUCAAUGAAGCAUUAUUAUAUUUAGCUGGUUUAGAGUAUUUACAUCUAAUGUUGUCCUUUAACUUUUUACUUUAUUUGCAAUUUACAUUCUUUGGUUUCUGUUUUUAUUUGUUCUGUUUGUUUAGUAUUAAUCCUAUAUGGACGCUGUGUGAGGAGGUGGAGCGACACGGACGGCAGCCAACGAACGGCUGUCGUUCUUCGUGAAGGAGACUGGACUUUCUAUUCACUAACUCUCUCCCCAUCUGCGUCCCUCAUCUUGACAACGUAACCCUUUUAUGUCCAAACCCAUUUCUAAAAGCACUCGGACUCUGUGUGGUCAGAGAAAAGAAGGUGAUUUUUUUUCUUCGUAAUGGUUAAUGUAUAAUGUGAAGUUUCUACUUUCUUUCUUUUUAUGAAGAUAAAAGAAAACGGUUAUAUUAUUCUAUUCUAUUCUGUUUCCUCUGAACAAAGGAGCGAGGCUCUCGUUUACUAGGGUUGCUAUUUUCACUGAGAUGCCGUGGAACAUCGUUGAUGCUGGCGGACACAGAGACACACAGACACAGAGACACACAGACACACAGACACAGAGACACAGAGACACACAGACACACAGACACAGCAGACACACACAAAUUAUUAGCAGACACAGUUGGGCAAAAUUCUAAUAACGCGAUCAGGAUUUUGAUCAAAUUAGGACAUGAUCAGAACACACACACACACACACACACACACACACACACACACACACCGCACAUUUGUGACCCAUAGGAAAAUCAGUGUUUACUUUGCCUAUCCAACAAUGUUCUACAGCAUAACCUGACAUUUAGUAAGAUGACCUGUCAUAUCUAUGUGACUCCAGAACUCUGGGGACUUUACUUUGUUUUAGCUCCACACUAUGACCUAGCCAUUAGCCAUGUCCACUCACUCUACAGGUGUGCUGCCAGAUAGUGUUCCCAAGCCCAGUCAUGCUUGCUGUAGAUGUUUACUCUUACACAAUCAAUCACAACCAUGCCUAUUGCCAGAUAGUGAGCCUCACAGUCAAUCAUACUUGGCCAUAUAGACAACCUCACAAUCAGGCCAUGGUGAGACCUAAUGCUGGAGAAAGGGUGUCCUGUAUUCUGGCUGGAAGCUGUAGGUUAGAUAAGUAGGCUAGGCAGUGUGGGGAAAGGGAGGGGGUUCAAUCAUCCCAGCUUCCUAGGUCUGCCACAUACUGAGGUAUUAUACUGUACUUAGGGCCAGGAGUUUUGUGACCUGACCAUGUGACCUGACCAGGACAAACACUUGGCUCUAGUUAUACUAAUGAAUAGAGUCCAACGUUUUUCACGAGCAGGUUGACAGGAUGAUAGGCCCUAGUGAUGUUGGGUGACACAGCGACGAUGAUGACCAUGAUCGUGAUGAAGAUGACGAGAAUAAUAAUGAAGACAAUCAAACGUCACGAGUGGGGCUCAAAACAAAGUCAGAGUUAGUCAAAAAAGAAACACGUAUCUAACCAACUUGACAAAUGGAGAAAGAUAAUUAUGUACAUAUAACAUAGAGUUAUAGAUUUAUAUUUUGUUCAUAACACAGUGUAAUAUAAGUUGUAUAUUUCUUUUUCUCUUUUAUUGAUGUUAUUCAUGCUACAAUAAAAGCAGGAGUUGAUGUACUCUUACAACAAAAAGAAGAAAAAUGACAAAUAAACAAAGGAAACAAAAAAAGAGAGGCCGUGGGCUUGCCAUGCACCAUCUGCUCCGAGUUCACUUUUUUCAGUAUUAUUGCCAGGUAAGGCUUUAAUAAAAACAGCGAUGUGUUCUGUAA